ACAGGCGAUGGAGAAUGGCAACGCAACGACCGGCGCGUCGGCCAUCAUCACUACGCCUCCGACCCCCACCACCACUCCUCCAGACACCCCCGGUCGAUGGAGAGAGUCCUCCGACUUUGUGGCAAGGUACAAGUUCCUAUACGAUCGCUUGCUGUCCCAGCCACCAGCGCUGCCAGCAUCUGUACCUAGCGACGUGCUGUUGCGGCUCCAGGGCACUAACUUGAAUUGGACCACGUUGAACACGUUUGCGCAGCGCGCGCUCUUGUGGGACGCGGGGUACGUCCGUAUCGCCGGAGCGUCGUUUGCAAAGGUGUUGACGCCGUGUGGCCAAGGCGGCACGACUAUCGACACUGGUGCGUCCAUGGCAUCGAUUGCGUAUCGAUCGAGCGACUUGGGGGUCCCACUGACGUCGUGCGUGAAUGCGGCGGGGGACCACUACUUCCGAUUGAACGCGUCCUUGCCGAGCCAGCUUCGCACGCCGCUCAAGUGCGCCAUCGAAGUGUUUGCAGCUACGGGCACCUCCAACUCGAGCUUGUGGUCCCAGGACACACUACCCAGCACUACCAUUCCCGAGCUGUCGGCCCAGUUGCAUCGCACUAGCAGUGCUACGAUUGCAGCGAUCCACGCAUCUCCGUUCGCCGAGCCCGCGGCUGCCACGUGUCCAGCGUCCGGCGGGAGCGUGGUCGUGCCGUGUAGCCUCGUGGUACUUGGCACGGGAUGGUGCCGCCCCGAAGGCAGUAAAGUGAUGACAUCGUGGCUCAAAGACCUGCAGGUGCUUGCAAGUCGCACUAAAGCCCCUACGGCCCAGCCCCUCGUGACGGCGCCAGCCACAAAAGCGAUCACUUUCCCGCCGCUUCCACCCCCCAACGGGCGAGUUGGGUCCUUGUCGACGCUAAACCCAUCGCGGGACACGGCGGUGAUCGUCAUCGGCGGGGCGUUCGGCGUCUUUGCGCUCUUCGUGGGCGUGUGCUUUAUGCGAUGGUUCCACCGCAAACUACAGUCCAUGCUUGAAGGCAGCUACGUGCCGACAGCCACCCCUCGCCCUUCCGUCCACCAUGCACAGCAUCGACCCGUCUAACUAGUACUACUAUUAAUAGUACUAGUAUUUCAAUCCAUCUCUACUAUAUCUCUA